AAGAGAGAAACGGGAGGAAGAAUGGAGGGAGAAUAGCAAGCCUAGGAGGGUGGAGGCUGUUUUGUAUUUGACUUCCCCUGUUUUUAUCAGCUCCGUGUAGAAAUAUCACCUUAUUAGCACAAAGAAUAAGUCUGGUGCCUAUUGAAAUGUCACUCUGUCAGCAAAGUCAGCCAAGAACAAGUCAAGUGUACGCCGCCUGAUCGUUUCCAUGGCAACCUUUAGUGACCGGGACGUUCACCUCAGGCAGAGCAGUGUGUGUGUGUGUGUGUGUGUGUGCUUAUAUGGGGGCAGUUACUCUAUCAAGAGAGUGAAUAGAGGUUAAGUGUAAAAGUAAAAGAGAUGGAGAGGAAGAAAUGAGAGAAAGAGAGAGAAUGCGUAGCCAGUCGGUGAGAUCAGAGAGAGAGAGAGAGAGAGAGAGAGAGCGAGAGAGAAGCAGGAGGUCUGAGUCAGUCAGAUGUGCAGUCAGAGCGAGUGUGUGUGGGAGAGAGAGAGGCUGAGAGGCUGUGUUUUCCUAAGGACUCUAUGCACAGCAGUACCAUCACACACUCCAAUAGAUCCCUGACACAGACUUUGACAGUGAAUCCGAGUUAUUCCUAAAAGAAAAGGACUGGAAACCCCACAGAUGACAUGCAGCCUCAGAGCACGGUGGUAUGUGACCAUCUCAAUGGUUCACGGAUCGUUUUCUCAGACGAAAGUCGACCAGGAAACACUCUGUCCCCGGACAUGACCCAGGAAGUAGUCGUGAUCUCGCCUGGUCUCCCUGCACCUCCUCCGACCCCCUACUACAGGACUGCUGCUUCUGCUUCGGCUCCUCAACACAACGUUGCAGAGGUAAAUGGAGGUGCAGUCCCUACCCCCAGUUUCGGAUCCUAUUACGGCCCGGGUCAAUCACAUGAUGGAUUACCUAAUGGUGGGCCACGCUCUGCUACUCUGCCCCGCACUUCCAUCACCAGAGAGGAGAGGCUGAUCAAGUUCUCUGGGAUCGGCCCUGUGGACGAAACAGGCAUGCCAAUCGCUUCCCGAUCUAGUGUGAACAAACCCAAGGACUGGUACAGGAGCAUGUUUCGACAGAUCCACAAGAAACCGGAGGAGACAGAAAUCGACUGGCAAGAAAGGACUUCGAAUAACACUCCACCUGUAGAGUCGACUCAGGAGGACAGACGCGGAUCUGGAAAUGACCCCUUCACCCUCACGCAGCAUGGAGCACUGCCUGACUGGGCUGACCUGGGCGAUGUAGUAAAGAUUCCAGAGCCGAAGAGCAUUUUCGACUUUGAGCCAGGACAAGGAGGCACAGCAGAGGAACGCGUCCAGUCACCAAGACAACCUAGAGUGCGCCAACCUCCUGAGAGAGCCCACUCUCCCUCCAUAGAGGCCACUCUAGUGUCGGAGCUAAACCGCUUCGAGGCGGAGCUGGACUCAGACAUCCGUGGCCUGGAGAGGAAGCUGUCCCUGAAGCAGCAGCAGCCACAGCGGCGAGGCAGGGGUGAGGGUGAAAGGAACAACACUACAGGAGCGGGGACAUCUGGGAAAGGACUAGACUACAGCCACCUGAUUGGAGAAAAGCACCUCAGGACGAAAGAUAGAGGUAGUGCCAAUCCGAGCCAUCCCACAAACCCUUGCGCCGGCAUUCAGCAAGACAUAGUGCCUAGCAUCAUAUAUGCUAAUGACAGAACAGCGUAUGUGUCUGCAGACAUGGACUUUCCACCUAAGAGAGAGGAGAAAAAGAUGAAAGCAGCACGAGCCAAAUUCAAUUUCCAAGCCCAGUCACCCAAGGAGCUGACCCUGCAGAAGGGUGAUGUGGUGUACAUUCACCGCCAGGUUGAUGCCAAUUGGUAUGAAGGAGAGCAUCAUGGGAGAGCAGGGAUCUUUCCUACUAGCUACGUUGAGAUAAUUCCUCCGACAGAGAAGCCAGUGCCGAUAAAGUCUCCCAGUGUACAGGUGCUGGAGUACGGUGAGGCCGUGGCUCUGUUCAACUUCAACGCCGACCUGCCGGUGGAGCUGUCCUUCAGGAAGGGCGAGGUGAUCUCCAUAACACGGCGGGUAGAUGAUCACUGGUUGGAGGGUCGGAUCCCAGGCACCGCCCGUAGCGGCAUUUUCCCCGCCAACUAUGUGCAGGUCAACAAAAUGCCCCGCACCAAAACCGCUGAUGACCUUUCACCCUGCCCACUCUCGCCCCUCUCCCCUUCCCCUCACUGCUCUCAGGUUCCGCUUUCACCUCACGCACGCACCAGUCAAUCACGCUCACCCCUCUCACCCACACAGCCCGCCUCCACCAGACAGCCGUCCAAUCACUUUGUGUUCUCGCCUGGCCCCGCCUCACACACUCCACCCAACAGCCACAGGAGUUUCUCACCUUCAGCAUGCAGCUCACUGGACAGAGAAGUGAGAUCCCCUGUUUCACAAUCCAGUCAUGUCCUGGCGUCUCCACAGGGCCCGGGACUGACAGCGAACAUGAACCUGAGACCUUCGUUGACUUAUCAGGAUGGAACCAGGACACACUCGCCUCAGUCUUACACACACGUUAAAACUCCACCUUCAGCAGCUUCCCCGGUCAACAGCAGCUCUACAGUCAUACCACGUCAGCCAUAUAAGGCAGUUUACAACUACAAGCCCCAGAAUGGAGACGAGCUGGAGCUGAGGGAAGGAGACAUCGUUCAGGUGAUGGAGAAGUGUGAUGACGGCUGGUUUGUAGGUACGUCUGAGAGGACCCACGCUUUUGGAACGUUUCCUGGCAACUAUGUGGCACCUGUUUGAACAUGAACAAAUGUUUUGGCACAUUCACUACGUCUGCAGUCUCGCCCACUAAUUCAAAGAGAAUUUUACCAUAUAUAUAUAUAUACACACACACAUAUAUUUCUCUGCACAAUCAAUCUUCAAUCUCUCCAUCAUCAUCUCUCACUUUUCAGCUCCUGAACUGGUUUGCAUGCACACUCUGUUCACGUUUUGAGCACUUGGGUAUGUGUGUGUGUCUGUGUGUGUUUUCACAAGCACUCCCUGGAUGUGGUGGCAAUGGCAAAGACACUGUGUUUGGAACAGUCAAGGCAACUCGCUUGUUUUUAAAGCCACCAGUGACUGAUUUAAGAGGCGGCCAUGGAUAUGAUUUGGACUGGACUGCUGCCAUAGAGAACUCCUUAUCACCCACAUGCUUAUUUUGCAGCACAUCCUGUGUUUGACAGUUUUGUGUAAAGAUGUCCUCCGUCCUGCGUUUCAGAUUUGUAACAGCCCAGCAGCUCCGUGAGGACACGCAUCAGGAUGGACGAACCUUCUCAGUUAUCAUGAUCAUCACAAAUAUUAGUGUUGUUUUUUUUGCUGGCUUGAUAUUCACAACACAACCAUGUAAUUCCUUGCCUGCUAGAGCUUCAUCUAUGUGUAGUAUAUAUUAGUGCUGUAUCUGUUAAUCUAUUGCUCGAGGCACUAUUGAAGGAUCAGCUCACUCGGGAGCAUUCUGGGGAUUUUUGUAAUAUUUCUGAGGAAGAAACUCUUGCAGAACUGGCUUCAGUAUGUAUGUAUGUAUUAUAAAUCUAGAGCUCAAACAUGUCUGUGAUGGAUUAGCUGGAGUUUUACAGUUCAGGGCUAUAUGUGAGAAUAACGAAAUAUGAUUCCAUACAUAACAAAAGCCUAUUACUGAAAACUUGUUCUAGAUCAUUGUUCUAUGUUGAGUAAUACAGUACAUUUCCUGGCAUCUAAUAUGCUAUUUAGAAACAUGACCAAUCCGAGACAUGCUGUGCGUCAUGAAGGGUAUGGCUCUGUCAUCGAGAUCGGGCGUUCCUUGACGGAAAGCAAGUCUCGUGUCGUUUCUGAUCGGCUCCUUGCUGGAACAUUCUUUCUCCAUCAACUUGAUCUGGUGAAACUUUCAUAAGAAUUCAAACGAGUGAAGAUGAUGUGGUUGGGGUGGGGUUUUUUUUUUUUUUUUUUUUUUUUGAGUUAAAGUAUAAACCUUAACCUUUGUAACUAUUUACACAAAUUGAGUCACUUAGAUAUGGUUUGGUUGUCACUUGGAAAACCAUUGCGGUUUUCAUCGACGACACUCCAAUUCAAAUCCCCCCCUCCCCCACCUCCAAAAAAAAAAAAAAACUUUCCUGAAGUUUAACAUGACAUCGGACCCUGUUAUGAAGUGAUCCUAAUUUGUAAUUGUACUACUAAAGCAACGUAUACCGCAUAUCGCCAACUAACUUACUUUUUGAGAACGAAAACGUUCUUGGAAAGAUGAAGUAAGAUGGUGACUAAAGUAUAACGAAAAAGGAAGUGUUUUGAUCAUAUCAUGAACAAGAAUGUGACUGACCAGCUGAUGUAUGUAAAGUAAUUCUGUCACAAACUACAGUGUGUUAUCUCGUGAUCCCUGUCACCGUCAAUUCAAACUAAAAAGCGACUUCUUAAUAUGCGUUCCUUACAUUCGCAGUCAUGGAAUUUCAGAGGAAUACUGACUUGACCACAGGUUAUUAUGGGAUGGUUAGGUUACACUAGAACGGUGAAUGCUUGUAUGUGGUUGUAGGAUACUGCUUUCUAACUCGAGUAUUAUUUCCAGAUUUUUUUUUUUGUUUUCGUUUUGUUUUCUGAGACUGUACAGAUAUUAACAGUUAUCAAAACUGCAAAAAAUAUAAUAUAUUUUUACUGAUCACACAGUGUAUUUCAGUAGCUAUGGUACUCACAGAUUUUGAUAACCAUCAAAUAAAUGCACCCUGUGCUGGGGAAAAAAAGA